AUGGGGAACGUCUGCUGUGGCAAGGCCGACAGUGACGCCUUCCAGAGCCCGGGCCGGGUCCUCGGCGCUGCGCCUCCCCAACCGGAGCGCGCAUCGGUGCCGAAGUCGCGGAAGGCAAGGGCCAAGUCCGCCCAGAAAUCAACUGGCAAGUUGGGCGAGCAGUUGCAGGCGCAGAAGAAGCAGACGAGGCAGGAUACCCUGAAUGCGGCGAGCCGCGAUGAGCUGAGAGCACGCGAGGCGGACCAGGCGGCGCAGGCCAGGAAUUACGAUUAG